AAAUAUAGAGUAGUACAUAAGCUUGUUGCGAACAACUUUCUUACAAGAAUAUCAUGCAAUAUUCUUGAAGGUAGCUAAGCAACACGCGCCAGUAUACUUUGAUAGCAAAGAGAAAAAAAUAAACUUGAAAAGUGACUCUAAAAAGUGACAUGUAGAAAAGUCUUUACCUUUUUCUAACCUAAAUGACUGCAUGCUUCAAAAGAGUAAAAACCAAAAAAAGGCAUUAGAGAGUAAUACAGAGGCAUUGUGCUACGAAAAUUUAAAGCACUUGACAUACAGACAUCUAUAGACAGUCGUACCUUAAAACACCAAGCUGUUACACUGCUUUCAUACUUUAAUAAAAGAGUUUGGGUACUUUAGCGAGCUUAUUUUGCUCUUUUUCUUCUUUUUUACUUUAUUUUGCUUCAUAAGUAUAGCUACUUUUCAUUCUUGUGUGUAUUUUUAAAGAAGAAAAGUUUUAAGCAAACAUGUUUGAUAAAAGUGAAAAGUUUCCUGAUGGUUGGUUCUUCAUCAAGAAUCACAGCAACGGUUAUGUUUUAAUGGUUGAUAAUGAAUCUCAAGAAGUUGGCAGUCCCGUCGUUCUGUCUUCUCUUCGUACAAAAGACUACAGCGCUCAGCUUUGGCGCUAUGACCCUAGCGGCUAUCUUGUGAAUAAAAAAUCAGGCCAAGUCAUGGACGUUGCAAAGGGUAACGCAAAGGCUGGUGUCGAUAUUGUCCAACAAAUUCUAUCGAAAGACGUGAAAGAAGAAAAUAACUAUCAAAAGUUUGGUCUAUCUCCUCAUGGUCACAUUUACCUCAUCAACAAGUCUAAUCUCGUCCUUGGUAUCAAGGAAUCUUUCUUUGCUCGUCGUGAAGGCCUCCACGUACACCUUCAGUUGAUCGACAAGCGACACCUCGACAAAAAAGAACAACGCUGGGAUUUCGUUCUCCCCGUGAUUAAGGAAAAGACUGAACCUGCCAAGCGUAGUAUUAGUACUUUUAGCAACACCUCCAAUUCUAAAUUAUCUGCUGUGGCACAAAUUAAAGAAGAUGGUAAGUUGCAGCUUUAGGAAAUUGCUGGCUUUACCAUAUUAACUCUCCC